AUGAAGUUCACCGCUGUCCUCGCCUCUAUCCUCGCCUCUGCGUCCGUCGCCAUGUCCGCUACCAUUGUCGGUUUUGCUGGUGCUGACUGCACUGGUGCGAGGGUUACCACCAACAAUGUCAACAGCCGUGUCUGCCUGUCCCUUGGUAGUGGAUCUGUCAAGUCGAUCAGCUACUCCGGCGUCGGCAGCUCGAUCCAGUUCUACGUUUCUGGUGGUGCGCAUGACUCGUGCACCAACGGCUCCCAGCUCACGCGUGGUGCUGGCUCUGGCUGUGCUACAGCUCCUGCAGGAUUCAACUGGCAAAGUGUUGCUGUCUUCUAG